AGUUUUACACGCACUCGCUGACAGUCUUUCCCAAACUUACUUGUUGCUCAUGAACUCUUCUCACUCUUCUCACAUUUGAACUUUGAGUCUAUUUUAUACAAUCGUCUGUAGUCCUCGCUUUGCCGUGUGCUCUGUGCAAUAUUUAGAGUUCGUUUUCGUCCAUCUGAAAGAUUUCCUAGCUGAACUUGACUGCAGCAUGGUUCAUAAGUAUGACACGGACCGAGCAGUGGGUCUGCUCAGACAGUACCAGGCCAAUCUCACCGAUCCAGACGAGCAGUUGCUUAAGACCAGCGUGGCCAAAGUCUCUGCUGUUUUGGGCAGCCAACUUUUUAAAGCACUUCUAGAUAUUCAGGAGUGUUACGAGGUGACCUUGCAGCUGAAUGCAGAACAAACUGUUGUGAAAGAGGCAAACCGGCAGUAUGCGUGGGAGGAUGGGGCAGAGGAAGAGGAGGGUGUAUCUAUGGUGCAAGUGACCAGCAGAAGGAGUCCUCAUAAAGUUGAGCGAGUGUCAGGCCUUGUGACGCUGUCCACAGUGGAUAUGCCAGAGGCUAACCCUCCCCCCAUCAUCGUCAACGCAGACUCACUAGAUGCAGGCCCUUAUGUGAAUGGGAGUGAUGGGAUGUAUAAAUAUGAAGAAAUUAUUCUUGAAAGGGGAAAUUCUGGGUUGGGAUUUAGCAUUGCAGGAGGAAUAGAUAAUCCCCACAUUCCAGAUGACCCGGGAAUUUUUAUUACAAAGAUCAUACCCGGAGGAGCUGCUGCUAUGGAUGGGAGACUCGGAGUGAAUGACUGUGUGCUGCGUGUGAAUGAGGUGGAUGUCUCUGAGGUGGUGCAUAGUCGGGCUGUGGAGGCACUGAAAGAGGCGGGCCCUGUAGUGAGACUGCUCGUGCGUCGAAGACAAGCUCCACCUGAGACUAUCCUGGAAGUCAACCUGCUCAAAGGACCCAAAGGACUAGGAUUUAGCAUCGCUGGAGGAAUCGGUAACCAACACAUUCCUGGUGAUAACAGCAUCUAUAUUACAAAGAUUAUUGAAGGAGGAGCUGCCCAGAAGGAUGGACGCUUGCAAACUGGAGACCGUCUGUUGGCUGUGAACAACAUUGUACUGCAAGACGUGCGUCAUGAGGAGGCAGUGGCAGCACUCAAAAACACUUCUGAUAUGGUUUAUCUCAAGGUGGCCAAGCCAGGACCUGUGCAUCUUAAUGACAUGUAUGCGCCUCCAGACUACUCAAGCACCUUCCCCACUAUGGUAGACAACCACGUCAGUCACAACUACAUGGGCGCUAUGGAGCCCAAAGCCAGUCUACCCACCUCCCAGGUCACCCCAUCCAGGUACUCACCGGUCCCUCGGCACAUGAUGGGAGAGGAAGACUUCACAAGGGAGCCGAGGAAGGUGCUGCUCCACAAAGGCUCCACAGGCCUAGGCUUCAACAUCGUUGGAGGGGAGGACGGCGAAGGCAUCUUCGUCUCCUUUAUCCUGGCAGGAGGACCUGCUGACCUGAGUGGAGAGCUGAGGAGGGGCGACAGAAUUCUUUCUGUGAAUGGCGUCAACCUAAGGAAUGCCACCCAUGAACAGGCAGCUGCUGCACUAAAGAGGGCUGGACAGACGGUCACCAUAAUUGCUCAGUACAGACCAGAAGAGUAUAGUCGCUUUGAGUCCAAAAUCCACGACCUGAGGGAGCAGAUGAUGAACAGCAGCAUGAGCUCAGGGUCAGGAUCUCUGCGCACCAGUGAAAAACGCUCCCUCUACGUCAGGGCUCUGUUUGACUAUGACCGGACGAGGGACAGCUGCUUGCCGAGCCAAGGCCUGAGCUUCUCAUACGGUGAUAUUCUCCACGUCAUAAAUGCCUCUGAUGAUGAGUGGUGGCAAGCAAGGCUGGUCACGCCACAUGGAGAGAGUGAGCAGAUUGGAGUCAUUCCCAGUAAAAAAAGAGUGGAGAAGAAAGAACGAGCUAGGUUAAAAACGGUUAAGUUCCACGCCAGGACGGGCAUGAUCGAAUCGAACAGGCCUGUCAAAGUAAAGCGCAAAAAAAGCUUCAACCUCUCACGCAAGUUCCCAUUUUACAAGAGCAAGGAGAAUAUUGUACAGGAGAUGGUGGAGUCUGAACGUGAGUACUCGCUGUCUGAUCAAAGGCCAUGUUCUUCCAUCUUUUCCUUCAUGCUUCAUGUCUGUCUCUGGGCUUCCAUCUUUCACCUUUUGGGGUGAUUUGUGUCAUGCCGCCUUUCUCACCCUUUCUUUUCAGAGAGGAUGCUCACAUGCUACAAGCUGGCUGCAGUAUGUGGGGUUUUCUCUGUCGCUGUCUACCGGAGGAGUGGCUAGUUGCAGUUUGCGCUAAUGUACUGGACUCUUUAACACAUAUUAUUUGGUUAGGGCUGGGCGAUAUGGUGGUUUAAAAAAAUUUUGUGAUUUUGUUUAAUGCAGCUCUAUCAAACACACUUUCCUCACUCACUCCUUGAUCACCCUUCCUACGAUUGAGUGAGUGACGGUUGGCAUUAUCCAAUCACAUUUAAGUUUAUUACUUUACUUUAUUAUUACUUUAUUUACUUUUAAAGACGUUAUAAACAUACUGGUUGGACAGUAAUUGUGGUCGAAUCAAAAUCAUGAUCUGUCUCCAAGAAAAUAUAUUGCCCACCCCUAAUUUUGGUGUUAUGAUUUUGGACCUGUGUAAUUAAUAAACAAUUGAAUAACAGUACAUGGCCUGGUAAGCUCCUCGCACCACUCCUCUACCUCUUCCCAACUCUUGACUAACCUCUUCUUCUUCUUCUGUCUGCUUUCUUCUCUUGGUCUCUGCUCUCACCUGUCGGGACACCUAGGACUUCCCAGGGUUAAGCGAUGACUAUUAUGGAUCAAAGAGUUUGAGUAAGUGUGCAGCUGUGCUGUGUCCGGCAGCUGUCCCCAGAAUCUACAGAUGAGAAAAUGAUUUGUUACUUUACACACUUAUAGUUUGUAAGCUUGUAGUUUACAUAGGCUCCGAAUACAAAACACACAAAUUUUCAACUUUAGAUCUUUUGUUACUGAUUGGCUUAAAUUUUACUUUCAGUUGUCAAAUAAUCAUCCCUUUAUGAUUAAUGCCACCACUU